CCGCCCCUCGCGUCGGGCUCCGCCAACCCCGCCCAUCCUGGAGAUGCGGCGCCUGCGCACUCGGAAUCCGGGAGUCGAUCCCCGAAGGCUUUCGGGUGAGCGCAGUGGCUUCCGGGCGGAGGCCGGUGGGUUGUUCCGCGUGGCCCGGAACCGAAGCCCGAGGGUCCCUGGCUUGUGAGCGGCCCCAGCCCGGGCGCUGCCGCGCCGUCGUCUCCGAGCCGACUACAUUUCCCAGAAGCCGGCGCGGCGCGCCUCCGGCGGCCGGCAGGGCGGAGUUCCAAGGCUGCCGCUCGGGCGGUGCCAGCCUCAGGGCGGGACCAGGGUCCGAGCCGCACCCUCCCGGGACACUGCCAUUCUGCGAGGGCGCAGCCAGGAGAGGAUGUGAAAAUGACUGUGCGACUGGUGAAAGCCACACCGGGGGACUUGGUGACAUUUAAAGAUGUAGCAGUAGACUUUUCCCAUGAGGAGUGGGAGAGGCUGAACCCUGCUCAGAGAAGUUUGUACAGGAGUAUGAUGUUGGAGAACUAUCAGAACCUGGCGUCACUGGGUCAGAUGGCACCUGAAGAAAAAAGAGUAUAUUCAGGGAUUGAUGGAAAUUUCAGAUGUAGAGUCAGUGAAUUUGAUGUGAAUCAGAUGAUCCGACUCUGCGUCUCUAAGCCAUAUGUCAUCUCUUUAUUGGAACAAGGGGAAGAACCCUGGGAGAUGAAGGAUAAGACGACAAGAAACGCGCGCCCAGAUUGGGAAUCUAGAUUUGAGACACAAGGAUUAUCUCUGGAGCAGUUUUUAUAUAAUGAUUUGUUAAUGAAGAGAAUUACAAGGUAUGGACUUGAGUGUUCUACUUUCAGAGAAAACUGGAAAUGUGAAGAUCUUUUUGAGAAGCAGCUGGUAAAUCAGCAGACAUUUAUCAAGCAAGACAUAGUCCUUCCUAAAGAAACUCUAACUGAGGAAGUAGACCACAAGCAUAACAAAGUUGGGAAAUUUAUCCAUCUGGACAAUGUCCAAGAAAAUACUUAUAACCACAAGUCACAUAAGAAAAGCUUUUCCAAAAAUUCCAUGGUAAUAAAACACAAGAAAGUCUACACAGUAAAGAAACUUUUUAAAUGUAAUGAGUGUGAGAAAACUUUCACCCAGAGCUCAUCCCUUACUGUUCACCAGAGAAUUCAUACUGGAGAAAAGCCAUAUGAAUGUAAAGAAUGUGGGAAGGCCUUCAACCAGAGUCAACACCUUAAUCAACAUCACAGAAUACAUACUGGAGAGAAGCUCUUUGAAUGUAAAGAAUGCAGGAAAGCAUUCAGCCAAAAUGUACACCUUAUUCAACAUCAAAGAAUUCAUACUGGAGAAAAACCCUAUAAAUGUAAGGAAUGUAGAAAAGCCUUCAGCCAACCUGCACACCUUGCUCAGCAUCAGAGAAUUCAUACUGGGGAGAAGCCCUAUGAAUGUAAGGAAUGUGGAAAAGCCUUCAGUGAUGGCUCAUCCUUUGCCCGACAUCAGAGAUGUCACACUGGCAAAAGACCCCAUGAAUGUAUUGAAUGUGGGAAAGCCUUCAAGGAGAACACAUCCCUUAUUCGUCACUGGAGGUAUUACCACACUGGAGAGAAACCUUUUGAUUGCAUUGAUUGUGGGAAAGCCUUCAGUGAUCACAUAGGACUCAUUCAGCAUAGGAGAAUUCAUACUGGAGAGAAACCCUACAAAUGCAAUGUGUGUGGAAAAACUUACAGCUAUGGUUCUUCCCUUUCUGUCCAUCAGAGAAUUCACACAGGAGAGAAACCUUAUGAAUGUGCUGUUUGUAGAAAAGCUUUUAGCCAUCAUGCUUCACUCACCCAACACCAAAGAGUGCAUUCUGGAGAGAAGCCUUAUGAGUGCAAGGAAUGUGGGAAAGCCUUUCGACAGAGUAUCCACCUUGCUAGUCAUUUGAGAAUUCAUAGUGGUGAAAAACCCUAUGAAUGUAAGGAAUGUGGAAAAGCUUUUAGCAUCAGUUCCCAGCGGGCUACUCAUCAGAGAGUUCAUACUGGAGAGAAGCCCUAUGAAUGUAAGGAAUGUGGUAAAACUUUCAGCCAGAGGACACACCUUGUCCAACAUCACAAAAUUCACAUUGGAGAGAAACCUUACGAGUGUAAUGAAUGUGGGAAAGCCUUCAGCCAGACUACCUACCUUAUUCAACAUCAGAGAGUUCAUACUGGAGAGAAACCCUAUAAAUGUACUGACUGUGGAAAGGCUUUCAGUGAUAGCUCAUCCCGAGCUCGGCAUCGGAGGCUUCACACUGGUCAAAGGCCCUAUGAAUGUAUGGAGUGUGAGAAGGCAUUCAGAACAAAGUCCUCACUUAUUUGUCAUCAAAGAUGUCAUACUGGAGAGAAGCCUUUUGCAUGUAGCGCGUGUGGCAAAGCCUUCAGCCAUCGUCAGUCCCUCACUGUUCACCAGAGAAUUCAUUCUGGAGAAAAACCAUAUGAAUGUAGGGAAUGUAGGAAAACCUUCAGUCAGGUUGGACAUCUUAAUCUACAUAGAAGAAUUCAUACUGGAGAGAGCUCUUACGAAUGUAAGGAACGUGGGAAAGUCUUCAGAUAAAAUACACACUUUGCUCAUCAUCAGAAGAUUCAUGGUAUAGAAUCUCAGGCAGCCAGCUCCUCCUCAAGCACCCCUUGCUCACCAAGCCCUGUGGAGAUACCUGCUAAAUACUUUUGGAAUUCGUCCACUUCUUUCAGUCCUCAAUUGUUCUGGUCCAAAACGAAAUCAUUUCACCUGGACUAUUCCAAUCACCUAAAAACUGGUCUCGCAUUCACUUUUGUCACCUUUCAAGUUCAUUCUUCACACUACUGCCAUGGUGGUCUUUUCCAAAUGUACAUGUAAUUAAAUUACUCUCUGAAAAUGCUUGUUAUGAAAUUUUAAACUCCUUGAUGCAUAUAAAGUGCUUGGCAU